AUGGUUAACGCAUUCAUCUUCAAGACCGCCGCUUUGGUGUCGACGCUGCUUGCGUCUGCCAAUGCGGAGCUCGAGACCGUCAAGCUCUCCCACCCGCACGGCUCCAGCGCUGAGGUGUUCCUUUUCGGCGCCCACGUGAAAUCGUUCCGUGCCGCCAUGGACCCCAAGCUUGACAUUCUGUUCAUGUCCAAGGAGUCCCACUUGGACGGUGUUAAUCCCAUCCGUGGUGGUAUUCCCCUCGUGUUCCCAAACUUCGGUAGCGCCAAGGGAUUCCCAAGCCACGGCUUCGCUCGUAUCACCAACUGGACGCUUGCCAGUCACGAGGAAGCCGCUGACAAGAACAGCGCCAGUGUGGCCACCUUCACGAUGGCGUCAAGCGAAUCGACCCGCAAGAUGUGGCCCGUUGACUUCGAGCUCGAGUACGAGGUGAAGCUGUACGCUAACCAGCUGGAGACGGCUCUGCACGUGCACAACAAGCACACGGACCAGAUUGACUUCCACGCUUUGCUGCACAACUACCUGUGGGUGGAUGACGCGCGCAACAAGGGUGUGCAGGUGCACGGCCUCAAGGGUGUCGACUACUUCGACAAGGUCGCCAAAGUCAACGCUACGGAGACCCGCGAGUACAUCGACUUCGCUAAUCAGACCGACAACGUCUACAGCAACGCCCCCAACAAGCUGAGCGCCAUCAUCAAGGGCGUCAACGCCGUGGACCGCACGACCGACGCCGUCGUGUGGAACCCGUGGGCUGAACGUGCCAAGGCCAUGGAGGACUUCGGUGACGAGGAGUACAAGAACAUGGUUGCUGUCGAGCCUGGCCGCGUGUCUGUCAAGCAGGUUCUGCCUGCCGGCCAGACGUACACGCUGCAGGAGACCAUCUCGGUCACCACUUUGUAA